CCUGCCACAAUCAACAGCUGGAGCCGCCGAGCCACAGCAGGAUGAUUGCCCUGAAACGUUUAGCGCGCUGCAGCGCAAUGCGGAGACGCAGCGUGGCGAAGAUCUCCCCAUUUAUCCGUCCACAGAGAUGUCUGUCCCAGGACAGCACAAAGACAAACGUCAAUUUGCUGAAUAAACUAGAUGGCCCCAGGCUUGGCCAGCCCACUGCUGCUAGUCAUCCGCAUCUCAUUCUGCCCCACGAGCUGGUGCCGGGCCUGACGCUGGCCGAGUUCCAGCAGCGGCGCAUCAAACUGAUGCAGAAUAUACAGUCCUAUGCGAGCACCUUUGGCGACAACUACAAUGGCCGCUCCACCAGGAAUCAUAUGGUGAUCGUGGGCGCUGCCUCGAAGAAGUACAUGAGCGGCAAAAUACCGUUUGUGUUUCGGCAGAAUUCUGACUUUUACUACCUGACCGGCUGCCUGGAGCCGGACUCAAUUCUUCUGAUGACCAUCGACGAGGGCUCCCGUGUGGAGUCCAUGCUGUUCAUGCGCCCCAAGGAUGCGCAUGCCGAGCUGUGGGAUGGUCCACGCACUGGCCCCGAGCUGUCCGUUCCACUCUUUGGGGUCACCGAGGCGCAUUCCCUGGGCCAGUUCGAGACGAUGCUCGGGAAACUGGUCAGCGGCCUGAAGCCCCAUUGCUGGUUCGAUCUGAAAUCCUGCGACCUGCAGCACGUCAAGGAGGGCGUAAUCAAGACUAGCAGCACGGAAAAUAUCCAACUGCUGCCCGUGCACAGCUUUUUGGAGGGCAUGCGCCUGGUGAAGUCGCCCGCCGAAAUGGAUCUGAUGCGUCGCACCUGCAGCAUUGCCUCCCAGUCCAUCAACGAGGUCAUGGCCGAGACACGGCCCGGCCAGUCUGAGCAUCAUCUGUUCGCGUCCGUCGAUUUUAAGUGCCGGCAGCGCAACGCCAGCUUCCUGGCCUAUCCGCCGGUGGUGGCCGCCGGCCGGAAUGCCACCAUCAUCCACUAUGUGGACAACAGCCAGCUGUUGCAGCCGCAGGAACUCGUUCUGAUGGACGCCGGCUGCGAGUAUGGCGGCUACACCAGCGACAUCACGCGCACCUGGCCCGCCAGCGGCACCUUCACCGAUCCCCAGCGCACCCUCUACGACAUGGUGUCGGUGCUACAGUCGGACAUCAUCCGAAUGAUCGGGAGCAUUGGUGGCGAGACGCUGGACCAGCUGUUCCAGUCCACCUGCUACCGGCUGGGCAAGUAUCUGCAGGAGAUUGGGCUGGUGCCCAAGGCAUCGGACGACUACAAGACGGUGGUCAGCCAUGGCUACAGAUUCUGUCCGCAUCAUGUGUCACACUAUCUGGGCAUGGAUGUGCACGACACGCCGAAUAUACCGCGCAGCAAGGCUCUGGAGCCGGGCAUGGUGUUCACCGUGGAGCCGGGCAUCUAUAUCGGACACGAGUGCACCGAUGUACCGCCCGAAUUCCGGGGCAUUGGCAUACGCAUCGAGGACGAUCUGUUGAUCAGUCAGGACAGUGUCGUUGAGGUUCUCACCGCCGAGUGCAUCAAGGAUCGCCGUAGCUUGGAGCAUCUCUGCCAGCAGGUGUCCAGCAGUGCCAAAGCAGCCAGUGAUUCGGCCUGAUUUCGGCUUGACACCCUCUCUCUCACUCUCUCGCUCUCCUACAAAAUUCCUAGUCAGAAUCUUUCCUGAUGCAAUCUGAUGCACUUUUUUGGGGGCAUUCGCGGCUCACUCCUCGCCAAAGGCAAAUGUGGAAUUGGCUGAUGAAUGUGAAUAUGGAAAUUAUAUUGGAAAUUGUAUAAAUAAAAUGAAAUGUGUGCUCGGCUUAGAGCUUGGCAAA